AGAUCCGAUAAACGCUCCUCACAUUAUGUCUGCAGAAAUCUGUUGUAUAGAUGAGAUUAUGUAUCUGAAUGUAACGCGUACGUAAGUAUCAAAGCUUAUAAUGCGCGGCUCGUUCUGUCGGUAAAAUAUCGUCUGUCGUUAGUGAUGCGGCGGCUGAAGCUCCGGGUGGAAAUGGCGGAUGGAGAGAGACAGUCGGUGCAGAAUCCGAGGCAAUGAGCGAAUCAGAACGCACAGCGACUUCAUUCCAGGCCGACUGCUACAAUAACACAUCAAGCAUCGCGUUUUUACGAUGAUCCUGACAGCGUAUAUGGACACCUGUGUCCUUGACCAGGCUCAAGCGGUGUGGCCAUAGCAGCAGUUCUGGAGGAAAAGGAGCAGCGGGUGUUUCGGUGGCGCCACGCCCUGCUGCAGGGUAUGGAGUACCACAGCUCAGGGACGCUGCCUCUCCUGGGCAGCCCGCGCUACUGUCCCGGCACCAACAGCGCCAGCGGCUACCUCUGCCAGACCGGCCACUGCUGCCAGGACACGGGCUGCUGCACCUACUACUAUGAGCUGUGGUGGUUUUGGCUGCUGUGGAGCGUGCUCAUCCUGUUCAGCUGCUGCUGCGCGUAUCGACACCGUCAGGCGAAGCAGCGCGUCCAGCAGCAGCAGAGACAGAGGGAGAUCAACCUCAUGGCUUAUCACGGAGCCUGCAGUUACCCGUCCUCCAUGUUCGACCUCAGUUUCCUCACCUCACUUAAACUGCCGUCCUAUGAGGAAGUAGCAGCCCAACCCAGCACCCCGCCCCCUCCCUACAGCUCUGUCGCCUACCCAAGAGGCUCCGCCCACCCUGGCCCGAGUCACAUGUUGUCAUCGCAGAGCUCUGACAACUACACCAGCUGCUCCUGCGACUCCUGCUGUCUGUCAUCGCCCUGUAGCUCCUUCCCCUCUUCGGCUCAACUCACAGACGAAACUGAUACUAGCCACGCCUCCACGCCCUCCCUCAGUGAGCCUGGCCACGCCCACUCAGUGGUCAUGCACACCGAGUGCGUUCCAAUACAGCCACUCAAUGAAGGUGGCCAAUCGCCAACACGAAGCACAGUCGACGUCAAGGAGGCGGAGCAUCCCAGCUCCGCCCCUCUGGCUUACAAUGGCAGCACCAUACCAGUGAAGAACACCACUAGUAGCACAGAUAACAUUAUUGAAAUAGUAGACGCAUCCCAAACUAUUAGUACUAACAAUAUCUGUGAUGCAGACAGCGCUAAUUCAAAGAAUAUCACCAGCCUUUGUCAUCCGACUUCACCAACCUCCUCAUCAUCUCUCCAACUCUUCUCCAUGUCUGACCCACUUGCCGUUCGUCCCGUGCAGCAGAAUAACGCAGCUCAGAAGGAGGAGCCUGUACAGGCCCCGCCCCCUCAGUCUCCACCCAGAACCGCUCUCUUUUCUCCCGGUGAUGAACCAGAGCGCCGUGAUUCCGCCGUGAGCGAUCUGGACAUGGACCAAAUGCACUUCCAGCAGCGACGGCUGACCGGCGACUCCGGCAUCGAGGUCUGCCGCUGCCGUGUAGAACCUGAAGAAGAGGAUGAUGAUGAGGAAGAAGAAGAAGGACACUUACCGACAGAGUCAGCCAUUGGAAUGGGUGACGCCCUUCACGAUAGUCUGGAUUGUUCCGCCAGAGCCAAACCGGAUGGGGGCGCAAAAGAGGCGUGGCCUGUCUCCUCAGUGUCUCCGCCCACUGAUGCGGUCGUCAUCGCCAUGGAAACUGAGUGUGACAUUAAGAGCACACAGGUCUUGUGAGAGCAACCCUGUACAGACUGA